CCAAACACAGCACAUCACCCCCCCUGCUAAAAACACAGUGAUGGCUAAUUAUUCCGAAUCAUAAUCCCACUAAAAAAAUUCCACUUUCUCUCCGUUUCCACGAAUCUUUUCUUCCAAUCUAAGCCUCCGAUUCAGUUUAAAAACCCUAAUUCCCAUUUCAAUUCCCUGAUCAUCUCCCGCAAAAACCGCUUCUCGAACCAAUAAUAUGACUUCCGUUUGCAUAUCCAGCUGUGUAAACGACGCACGUGACCCGCGCGUUCCGGUCCGCGCCACCUACGUCAAUCUCUACAAGUGGCCGGAGUCUGACGCCGAGUUCGUCCGAUCAGUUACGUCGAGGUCUAACGUGCGCCGAGGGGUGCAUGUGUAUGGCCACCCUAGGGUUGUUGACAGCAUCUCGUGCAGGCAGAUGUACCUGAGAAGCUACCAAUUCUCGCGAGAUGAUAGUAAGGAGACGGAGAAUGAGAAGACGGCCAUGUGUUUUGGGAGAGUGAAGGAGAAAGACAAAGAGAAAGAGAAGGAUAAUAAGAACGGAAGGAUGACGAGUAAAAGAAAGGAGAAGGAACGACGUCGUAGAAGGGUUAAGUGUAUGAGGAAAUUCUCAUGGAAUGCAUUGUAUAAGCUUUUUCACAGGUUGCUGUCUUGUGGUGCUAGCAUAGAUGUCGCUGAUCGUUGAUUUCUUCAACAUUUUCAUGAGUUUAAAAUAAUCUGGUUUCUGGGUUAUUUAUUUUUA